CGGAAAGCAGGGUUCUAGAACAAAAUCCGGAAUUGCAUUGCACAUUACGGUCCCCUGCACGUUUGGCGUGUCUGUAAAAUGAGGGCGGUGGGAGUGAGAAGUCUCCAAAACUCCCGACCAGGCAGUGCUUGUGUCGAGGCUAAGAUUUCAUUUGGUCCUUAUCUAAAUCUUUGAGAGCUUGUUAAAAAGAAGCCCUGCUGGUGGGUGGAAGAUGAAAUGGUUAAAAGAGGAGGAGUUGGUUAAAAACCUCCCUGCCCGGAAGUGAGAAAGGGGGCGCAGAGAUUGUGAUGGAAAACAUGGAAGCUGAAGUUCUAGGAUCAAUAACUACAAGACAGAUGAAAACGAGACCUGGGGAAGUCCUUAUUGAUUGUUUAGAUUCAAUUGAAGACACAAAAGGAAACAAUGGAGACAGAGGUAGACUUUUAGUAACGAACUUAAGAAUCAUCUGGCAUUCCUUGGCAUUACCCAGAGUCAAUCUUUCUAUUGGUUACAACUGCAUAUUGAAUAUCACCACAAGAACAGCUAACUCCAAACUACGAGGCCAAACAGAAGCUCUUUAUAUAUUGACAAAAUGCAACACCACCCGAUUUGAGUUUAUAUUCACAAAUCUGGUUCCCGGGAGCCCCAGACUUUUUACUUCUGUGAUCGCAGUGCACAGAGCAUAUGAAACUUCUAAAAUGUACCGUGAUUUUAAGUUGAGAAGUGCAGUCAUUCAGAACAAGCAGCUGAGGUUAUUACCACAGGAGCAUGUGUAUGAUAAGAUCAAUGGUGUAUGGAAUUUGUCCAGCGACCAGGGGAAUUUAGGAACGUUUUUUAUUACCAAUGUGAGAAUUGUGUGGCAUGCCAAUAUGAAUGACAGUUUUAAUGUCAGCAUUCCAUAUCUGCAAAUUCGUUCAAUAAAGAUCAGAGAUUCAAAAUUUGGUUUGGCUCUUGUCAUAGAAAGCUCUCAGCAGAGUGGAGGAUACGUUCUUGGCUUUAAAAUAGACCCAGUGGAAAAGCUCCAGGAAUCAGUUAAGGAGAUCAACUCACUUCACAAAGUCUAUUCUGCCAGUCCCAUAUUCGGAGUGAAUUAUGAAAUGGAAGAAAAGCCACAGCCCCUUGAAGCUCUGACUGUUGAACAAAUUCAAGAUGAUGUGGAAAUAGACUCUGAUGACCACACGGAUGCUUUUGUGGCUUAUUUUGCUGAUGGAAAUAAGCAACAAGAUCGUGAACCUGUGUUUUCAGAAGAGCUGGGGCUUGCAAUAGAGAAACUGAAGGACGGAGUCACACUACAGGGACUCUGGGAAGUGAUGAGUUGAUCUUGAGUUGAGCUGGAUCUCUGUUUAAAGAUAUCUCAAGAUUAAACGAUACUGCUUGCCUGCUCCAUAGGCAUGGGAUAGUUUAUAUAUUUAUAGCUUUUAUAUUUUAUAUUGUAAGAAGUUUUUAAUUAUUAAGGAAAAACUCCAUAAUUUUAGAAAACUGUUAGUUUUCUAAAAAUUAUUAUUAAAAAUUGUAACUGAAAUGUACCUGGCUUAUUAAUGUUAAUAUUGUACCUAAUACUUGUAAAAAUAUUGAUUUUCAGAUAUUAAGUCACUGUAUCAUGUUGGAUUUAAUAAAGACUUUCAUGCAGCACCA